AUGAUCAGGUUCGUUCAUAACUCGUUUUUUGAUUGGUUCAAGUGAUUAUGAGUUGGGAGGUCGGUUUUCAAGUGGGACUAGGGGUGUCAUUUUUCGUUUCUACGAUAUUUUUUAAACUUGGAAUUCAUAUAUUUAUUAAAUGAACAUAACUUGUUUGGUGAGGGUUAAUAAUUCGAACAUAGAGAUCGUAAAAGAAAAUUGAACUUCAUAAAUCUGGGAAAAAUUUAUGGCCCUCGACACAUUUUUAUAGCUUAUAAAUUUUUUUCUACCUUUUUUUCAUUUAAACGUUCUUUUUAGACUGGAAAAAUCACUUAUAUUCAAAGUUUUAUUCUCAAAAUUUUUUUAAAAAAAGCCUCCAGAACAUCUUUUUUUCUUAAUUUUUUUUCAAAAAAAUUUCGAUCUUUUUCUGAAAAAUUUCAUUGUUUUCUCAUUCUGUUUACUCUGAAAAAAAUUGUUCCAAUUUUUUUCGACUUGAAGUUAAGUUGUAUAUACUUCUUUAAUCGUUCUAUAAAUUUUAUGAUAUGAAUAAGAAGUGAUUGGGGAAAAACCUUUGUCCAUAUUAAGUCUCGAAAUUUGCUUUGUACCCGAUUUUGAGAGCCUCUUUUUGAUGUCUCGGAAUCAAAAUUUAGACUUUUUCAUUUUAAAUGAGUUUCCUGUUUCUUUCCAAAAUCAUUGGUGUUAAUUCUUCUCUGAGUUAUUAAGAUCCUGUUAUCUAGAACCAAUUUAUUUGAAAUCGAUUUUAAGGUAAUUUAACAAGUAGACCAGUUCGAAUAAAGUAAUCAUCUUGUUUUUUUGAAAAUAGAAGUCAGGAAAAAAUCAGAAAGAAACAGUAGUAACUUUUUACAGCGGUUGGAUUUUCAAUUUUUUUUUCAAAAACUCUACACUCUCAAAAAAGAGCUGAAUCUGAGACACUGAAAUUCGACUUUUGAGAGCCCCUAAACUUUUUUUCAAGCAUUUUUGAGACCAGAUUUGGAAUGAGCAAGAAAAAGCGCAUCUAAGGAGCCUGGUCUCAUUCAGAAGCCCCAUUGUGAGCUGAUAAGAUCUUCCAAUGAGAUUCACCAUUUUUCUAACCUGAUAGAUUUUCCUUUCCAAGGCUCAACUUUUACCUCUUCUGGAAUCUUCCAACUUCACUUUAGUCUUAAGACCGACAGUUCAAGUCUUUGUAGGAGAAAAAAGCAAAAAAAAAAAGUCCGCAACACUUAACGAAAAAGCUCUCUUUUUGAAGUGUACGCAAUGUCAAAGGGCGGCCGCCAUGUUGUCCGGGAGCAACACAUUUUUGCGGGCCUUCCUUUCACGGUCCUCACCUUUUUUUGCCGCUGAUUUCGUGUGCUCCUCGCACCGGUCAGCUCGGUGGGAGAUAGAAAAAAAAAACAAAUGGUGUACGCUUCUCGGUGGACACCUUUUAGUCGAGCAAUUAGGGGAGGAGCUCUAGGUAGAGGAGCAUUUCAAAAUAUUUAGUUUGGGGUAAGCUUUUCCAUCGGAGAGGUUGGGUAUGAUUUUUAACGUCAGAAAGCUGUAAUAGUAGCUUUUUCUCGAUGAUUUCAAAAAAUAGCACCAAUAUCAUGAAAAAUUGGAAAAAAAGCCAUAUAUUUUUUACUAUGUCAGCUUUCUUCUCUAAAUACUCAUUUUCAAGGAGAAAAUAGUCAAAAAUAGACUUUUUUUCAAGCAAAAACUUAGGCUCACUCUUGUGAAUCCUGUUUCAAGGAUCUAAGAUCAAAAAACGGUUAGAAGAGCUUUCUCGACAUCAGGUUUUUGCAGUUUGAAUGAUUUUCCAGUUUUUUUUCGCUUUGAAAGAAUGAUGCUUUAGUGAAUUUGAUAUUCAAGUUAUUCCAUGGAAAUUAGAUUUUUUUGUUUUUAGGUUCCUUUUUAGUUUGGACUUGCGAGAACUGAAGAAUUUGUUGGAAAAAAAACUUCAGAAAAGUGUAAAAAAAAACCUUUUCCUGGAUAAAAUUACAAACUUAUUUCGAAAAAAACAUAUAUGAGAGCUUACGGUUACAGAUCUUAUUAUUUCUUCAUUGCUAAAACUUCGAUACUUCUUGUGAAGGAGUUCUUGAGCUAUUUAUUUUUUUGGCUGGUAAAGAUUUUGAAACUUUUAAAAUAGUUCAUUUCGGAUUCUGAAGAGGAUUCCGCAAAAUUCAAUCCACUUUUCAAAGGAAGAUCCAAGUUUUUGAGUUUUUCUCCUGUUUUCAUGGGGAUUCAAAGCUUUUUAAAGAACUAUUUCUGGAUUUCUCUUUUUUUUUUUUACGAUAAACAGUGAUUCUGUUGCUCCAUUUGGUCCGAGAAUGUUUGCACUACCUGAUGCGUUUUUUUCUUCUCUCGCAGUUCAAACACUUUUUGGUCACUUCAAAUCUUCAAACUUUGAGUGCUGUUAGUGGCUCUGAAACACUUGCGGGGGCUAAUUGACGCUUUUUUUGAGAGAGGAGGAAGGGAUUGGAAGAUCUUCAAUAUGAAACUGAUAAAAAAAUUAUUGCAUUGAUACAGGUUUCAAAACCCAUUUAUGGUCAAUAUUAGGAAAAAUUUUUUUAUUUACUUCGUAUAUGAACCCAUUUCAGAUUGGAUAAAUAGAUAGAAAAAUUCAGAUUGGAUAAAUAAAUAGGAAGUCAAACUUGAUUUCAGGGGAAAAAUCAGAUUACAAGUUUUGAAAAAAGGCGAAAAUUUCCUUAAAAGGGAAAUAUUGAAUUUUUUUCAAAUUGUUUGAAUUUAAAAAUAUUUACUUUCAAUAAUUCCAUUAUCUAACCUGAACAAGUCCAUCUACAGUAAUACACAUGUCCGAAGCUACAGUAAUCUUAACAAAAAUUAACACCGUAGAGAUCUGCAUUCUUAAACUUUUUUCCACUUUAUCAAAUAUUAAACUCGGAUAUACUAAUGACAUCUCAAUUUACGAAUUUUGAGCUUGCCGUUUCAAUAUUUUUUUUAAAGAUUUGAAAUGAUCAAUAUAUCCACCAAACCAACUAGAAAAGUAUGACUGGCGUAAAAAUAGUCCUAGAAAUGUUCAUUUCCUCACAAAAUGACGAAUUAUUCCAUGCGCGAGAUCAUAUCAAAACAGUUCUCGAUUUCGAGACGCGCCUCACGUUUCAAUGGAGUGAACGCCAUGCGAAAUGUUGACCCACUGGCUUUUUGAGUCAACAAUUUUGGUGCGCAAUGACCGCCACACGGCGGCUUUUCGAGUAGGCCUCGAAUACCGUCGAGCUUGAUCACGCUUCCAAAAUGGGAUUAUUAUGGAAAAUUGAUAGUUCUUGAGUGCUUUUCGGGAUCUAUGAAGGGAGAAAAGGUUUCUUUCAGAGGCGGGGAAAAAUAAGUUUAGGAAAAAUGCUUUUGAAGGUUCUUUCUAACGCUUUUUCAUGACCUUUUCCUUUAUAGAAGUUCUUUUUAAGAUGAUAAAAAGAUUUUGAGAAGAGAAAACAGCUUCAGAAAAGCUGAUAAAACUUUUCUUGGAAAGAUAGCUUAAAAAUUUUUUUUCCCUCCUCAGGAACUAAAAAAAUAAGCCCUUUUUCCUCUUUUUGCCACCAAAAGUUUUUUUGGACUAUUUUUAGAUCGCUAAAGGGUUUCUGAACCCUUUUAAAGUUUGUUUGAAAAAAAUGAAGGAGGAAGGAAGUUAAAACUUUUCAAAAAUCCGAGAAAUUAUGAGUGAUUUCUCUGUAUUUUGUCAUCUUCUUUUUUUUUUGCAGAGUGACGCUCGUCAGUAUGUUGCUGGGCAUUACUGCCGCGCAGUAUUCAGCACAGCGACCAACAGGUGAAAAAAAUUGAGGUUGAACCAUAUCCGUGUUUCAGCGAAAUCGCCAGAGACGAUGGAGAUGGUUCCGGCUUGGUACACCUUGCCGAAGGCUCCACAGGCCGCGCCGCCGUCUUUUUAUGAACGUCGGGAGCCGACCUAUGACCGGAUCGAGCGGCCGCCAAUUCAGCACACCAAUUCUUAUGCUGGGUUGGUUUCAGCUUAUCUUUAAAGUUUUCUCAAAAUCAAGGGCCCAAAAUAAUCUGGUCUGAAUUCCAACUUCUUGAAAGAUUCUGUCGGCUUCAUCAGGUUCAUUGCUUUUGUUCUAUACUUUUAUUAGACCGAAAAAAAGAUACUUGAAAGAUGCUAUGAAAUAUAUAACGGUUUUUACAAUUCUGUGAACCUUUAGAAGCCCUAACUUGACUUAUCUUGGUCAGAUACCCGAUGUCUGAGGCCCUUAGGACUGAUUCCAGUUAUUCUCAUGUUUCGAAGCUCCAACCUGACCUCUUUCGUUGCAGAUACCCCUCGUACACGAACCGACAGCCGUUCGACUCGCUGUCGUCGUUGGCCGCCUCCGGCGGCUCUCUGUCCUCCCUUCCCAACCGCCGAUACCCGUCGACGAACGUCGGCCCCGACGUGAGUGGUCGCCAUCACCGAGUUGCCCUCCACCACCACCACCACCACCAAAAUCACCAAAACCAACGUCACCUCCUCCCCUCUCACUUCCCCCCGGAGACGUCCUCGUCGGCCCCCACGCCGACGAGACGCCUUCUCCGCCUCCGUGGCACAAAACGGUACUCGCCGGCGGUGUGGUACACGAGCAAGGCAACCUCGCCCUAUAACGUGAUUGUGACGACGUCGGCGCCGACGUCGUCAGCGAUCCCGCGUUGGAUUCCCAUCGAUCCGACCAAAGAUCAGCUCGCGCGCUGGUACGACAGCGUCAAGACCUUCUAUUACAUGAACAAGCUCCUUGGGUGGGACAAUGUCAAGAGCUUGUUCUUCAAUAGGUUCAUUUGAGGUGGAAAACCCCGCCUUUUUGUAGAAAAUGUUCAAAUUUUUCUUCGAGUAGACUUUUUUGAGUCGAGUUCCAAUGGCUGGAAGACCUUGAGAUUCUUCUUUAUUUUGUUGAAAUAUUGCUCGUUUCAGUGUCGGUUAGAAGAUUAUGAGUUUUAUUCGAUUUUUUGAUUUUUCCAAAAGGUUCAUGAGUUUGAAAAGGCUAGAAAAUGUAGAAUUUCCUUUGUUUUGUCGAAGACGGGGUUCAGUUUUCCGCACUGAUUGGAAAUAGUUUUGAAUCGAAAUUCAGGAUUUAAAAAAAACGUUGAUUCUCGAAAUUGUAAAACCAAAAAUCUCAUCGUCUUCUGACCAGCGAUUUUUUAGGAAAAGAUUUUUCCAAAAAUCAUAUUUUUAGUCCUACCGUCGUUGACAGUAUUAAACUCGCCUUGAGGUAUUAUCGUGACUUUUUUCUAAUGGGUUCCUUUUUUUGGGUUUCUCCAAACGCCGAUGAUUUUCAUAUCUUGACCCGGUGAUUUUCACUUUUUUCACGGUUGUUCCAUCUUUUUUUUGCUGCAUGCUUCGCUUCGAAUUGCUCCAUAUGCUUUCGGAUUCCACGUGCGUCUUCUUUCGAAUUCUUUUUUUUUUCGUGUAUCAGGAGGUUCGGAAUCGAUUUCUACCUGAUUUCAAGCAAAUUUGAAAAAUAUGUUGAACUCGUGGAAGAAGCACGUGGUCCGGGGACAGUUUAUCAGAGCGCAAAUGACACGUUUUUUGCCUAAAAUUGUUCAUUUUUCGUUAUUCGCCUCUCGGCUCACGUCUCUCGGGUGUCGGUCAUUUCAGCCCUCUGAUAAACUGUUUCAAAAUGUUCCGAGUGUAUCGCAAUGCAUAGAAAAAGGUUUCCACACGCACAAGUUCAAGUUUUUUUUUCGAAUUUUUAUUCUUUGAGUUACUUUUUUGGGCUUCACAAUGCACAGGGAGAGCUAGAGGAAUGGCUAUGUCUUUCAGUUUUUCCAGAAUUUCGAAUAAGUUCUGAAGGUGUACAAGGUUUGUGUUGAAGAUCAAAAAAAUCGAGAAAAAUAGCCUAGGGUUUCGAAAACUUUUUUUUCGAAAUGACUUUGAAAACUUCAAAGUGGACCAGAGCUCCAUUCCGAAGGAAACCUAUUUUUAAAACAUUUCUGUUAAAUUUUCAAACGUUCUGAGAAUCUUGCAUUUUUGAGCGUUUCGAGUAGAACUUUUGGGCUUCAUGGAAUGAUUAAUGAACUACGAAAAAAUGAGGCUUUUAUUUCAGGCUUGAAUUUAGACUUCUGAAAAAUCAUUCCACUCUUUCGGAUUUUUUUUAAACAAAGAAGUAGGCUCUGAGUUUGUUUUUUUCAUUUCUUUUGAAAAAAACUGAUUUGAGACAUUUUUUUCUAAGAUGUUUCCGGUCUACAAAUGUCAAAAAAAUAACUCCCAAAGGGGCCUGAGCCUCAAAAAAAGUUUUUGGCUAGGUAAGAAAACCCCUAACAGCAAUUUUAGAAUGAACUAGACCUUUUUUUGUUGAAAAAUUUGCAUUUUGAAAAUUUAAAUAUAACUUUGUAGGAGAAAAGAUUCAUUAAGAAACAUUGAAAAACAAUUUUUACCAUUUUUUUUUUCAAAUUUCUGUCAAGCCUAUUCUCUAGCUUUCUCUUCCACCUUCACUUUCCAGAUCCACUUUUUCUCCCUAUUUUUUGUGGCUUUGGCUUCUUCUUCUCGCCGUCUUUCGCGUUCCUUUCCUACCAUGGGCUUUUAGCAAUCGCCGUUCGAGUCGUCCUUGUCGCGCUACCACAAGCUUCUCCUCCGCAGGGGCAGGACCACGACGACCAGAAAGGUCCUGACUACCACCACCACCCCUUCCACCACAACCACCUCCGAGCCGAGCACGACCACGACUCCUCGGAUGCCAAAGUCCCUCAAACAAAUCUACUCGACGAUCAUGACCAAGUCGACGGAACUCCUCCCGACCCCCGAGCCGGAGGGCCCGCGUCGGAUGAAGAAAAUGUGGAAGAAAGUGACGCCGAAGAAGCCGUCGACCACUUCUACUACCACUCCUACCACCACUUCUUCUUCUUCUACUUCCACUUCUACCUCUACCUCCACCUCGACCACAACGACGAGCCCAUCGAGGUUCAUUUGCAGCCACAAGGCUGGCGACCGAAUCGAACGACCCACCAUCGGACCAUUCAGGCCCAUCGAAAAGCAAACCUGGAAGCCGUUGACCUUCGUCAAGGCGACGUCGACGCCGACGCCGCCCCAGACGACGUCGGUUCGCGGCCUUCGCUUAUUGGAAUACCUUCUGGUGGGCAGUGGAAUGGCCUGGUCUUGCUGUUUGCAACUUCUUCUUCUUCUUCCUUCUUGCUUCCGCACUAAUAUACUCCUUACAAUAUAUGCUUUCCGAAUUGGAAAAAACAAUUUUUCUGCUUGAAAUUCAAUCUCCGUAACGGGAAACUCAAGUUUUAACUAAUCAAUACAUGGAGAAUGAUCUCUCCUGGGUAAAUUUUAGUGGCCACUAAAGAGGCUCGCCAAGAACUACUUGGAGAGGACACUAAAGUGGCCACUAUUUUCCGUUUUAGUGGCCACUUUAGAGGUUCUCUAUUUAGUGGCCACUUUAGUAUUUUUUCAUCCAGUACCCCUUCCAAUAACUCUGAUGAUUUUAAAACAAACAGAUUGGACCAGUUAUUUUGAUCCAUUGGCCCCUUAAGUGGCCACUAAAAUUUCAUAGGAACUAUUUCAAAAAAUCCUAAAAAGACUACUGACCUUGAACUUUCAGAGAAGUUGCUUAAGGGCUUUCGAAAAGCUUUUUUUGAAACAUUAAAUCUAAAAGUUGAGGUUUUUUUUUAUCAAGAUUGAUAUCACACACCUUUGUUUUUUUUAACUUCAAUAAUCCUCAUCAUUACUAAUUUUACCUGCUUCAGCUCAGCUUAAUUAAUCAUGGACUGUUUAAUAACCUCACUCUUUUAAUAGGAUGUCGUUUUUAAUUUAGUUUAGCAAAAAUUAAAUUUUUUAACAAAUCAUGAUAACGGAUUAAUCAGAUCAACCUUCCUUGAUCAAUUUGAACGUUGCCUACUCGAAUUAAUCCCCUCGGUUCAAUCACUUUGAUAAUAUCAUCAGACCCGUUGGGAGAAUGAGUGAAACCUCUAGCGAAUGGUACCAAGAAACCACUUAAACGACCACUCCGCACAAGAGCACCUCUGACGGCGAUUUUCAGCCGAACACGGAGCUCCUGGCGGCGAUCAAAGACGUCGUGGCCAAGUUCAAGGCGAGCCUCGACGAGGCCGGCAUCGACCAGGACGUGCGGCUGAUGAGUAACCAGCUGAGGAACACCUGGCAGCAGCUGAGAACUGGUUCGUCUUGUGUUGCUGUUGAUCUUGACCCGGUUCCGACGAGGAAGCUCACUUCACUUUGCCUUUUCGGAUUCUCGGAAAAUUGGCCAGAUUUCUCCAAGAUGUAGCUCCGAGGAGUUUCAACUUUCAAAGCUCUUCUUUUUGAAAGUUAAAACCUGGAAAUGGCGCAUUUUAACGGAUUUUGACUGUAUCUGGAACUCAGGGACUUCAACGGGUACAUCGGGAAUUAUUCUGGCCGAUUUCUAGAAAGUUCUCUAACGCAAAGCGAAGGGAUUUCCUUGUGAGAGGAGUUUGUCUUCAGCCAAUUAGAGAUUUUCAUGAUAUUUCAUUAUUUUACCGGGAAGUAUUAAAAUUGAACUAUUUAAAAGAUGAAUGUCCCUUUAAUUUUUCGACGAGACAGCUGCUUAAAGAUAAUAAUAAUUAUUUAUUUAUCCUCAAAAUGAAAAACAAUAAAUAAAGUUCAUAAAAAUGUUUCUCCCGAGGGACUUUAGAGCUUGGAGUAUGCGAUAGUGUGUCUCGGUGUGUUUACACCCUAAGCACCAUAAUUCACGGAACUUUUUGAUUGGCGUACAGAAAAAUAUAAAUUUUAUCAUUUUAAAGUAUAAUCUCGAACUUUUUUUGUUUUUCAGUGACUAUUGCUGUUUUUUAAAAUCAUAAUAAGCCUACAAUUGCUAGGAAAUUUGAAAAUUUUGCUAGGAUAGUUUUAAAAAAUCCAAAGACGGCAGCAAAAAGCCGUACUCCAUUUUUUUUUCUCGAUAAAAAACGGGCUGAAGACAAACUUCUUUCUAAUAUUUUUCGUGACGUGUUGAAUAGUUUUUGAGCCUUUAAAAAUGCUUCGAGUUGUUUGAUUUCAAUCAAGGGGUUUGGGAAGUUUUCUGCUUCGCGUUUACUGUAGUGCCGCUUUGGGAGUUGUUUCGUGUGCUUUUUUGUUGCCGUGGUGAGGAGAUCGAAGGCGAUGGGCGACACCCAUUCUCAGGCCUGGACCGCGGGAUGAAAGUCGUCCGACAGAGCGCAGAACACUCCGUCAGCCAUAUUAACUACGGUGGCCGGCCAGCUACGGAAUACGAUGGUCCGUUGUCGUGUAGAGUCUGUUCAGUUUUUGAAUGUCGAGCAGCUGACUCCGCCCCAUAGGCUACAGUAUCUUUCGCGUCGAUGUUUUGUAGCGGGUGAUUAUGUUCCUUUAAUAGCAGAGGUUCGCGCUUCAUUUUUUGGACUUUCGUUCAAUCAUGCAGAUCGAAAAGUAGCGCUAUUAAAGGAUCAUCGUCGCUUGAAUUAAAUAGUAGACGCAAAAAGGUACUGUGACCGUUUUGCAAGUUUUCUUGCGCUAUUAAAGGAACAUCUUCACGCACGAUAAAACAUCGACGCGAAAGAUACUGUAGCCUAUGGGGCAGUAGCUGCCUAACGUUUAAAAUAUGAACAGACUGAAGCUGUAGACGUUCGGGGAGUCAUUUCAGAUCAAAAUAUUUCAAUUUAUCAGGAAGAAAAUAAGAAAAAAACUCAUUUUCAUCUCAAAAAAGUUUUAGUAUUAAAAUUCAUCCAAACAGUCUUUGAAGGCCCAAACGAAAAAAGAAUUCGUGUCUCGAAUACGGAUAGUUUUCGCAGAAAUCUUAAUUUUGAACUUUUGCAAAUAAUUUGGUAGUUUCUAAAGGUCUUUCUGUGCCUAUCAAGGCUUAAAUAAGCAAAAAGCGCGUUUUUCUGAAAAAACCCAAAAUUUAAGGACCAAUGAAUGAGCAACUAGGACGACUGUUCGAGAAGGCGGCAGCCGACGCCGCCGACCAGAAGCGACAGCCCUGA